UUGAAGGAAUCAAAAUAUCGAACACAAUAAUUUUUAAUACUAGAAUCGCGUCUUAUAAGCUUCAUAUUCUGAUUCCAACUGUGAGCAUACUACUGUUAUUAGCAUUGAACAAGUAAAAUAAAGCUUUAAGUAGACUCUAUUUUAAGAUAGAAAUAUUUAUCUUCCCAAAAUUCUUAAAGUGCUUUGUGGUUGGUUCCUUGUAUUGCUUUGCAGGUAUCAGAAAUGGAUAUUGGCUUAGCAGUUGGGGGUGCAUUUCUCUCUUCAUUUCCUAGGAUUGCUCCUCAGGGUGAACUGCUCAAGAUGUUUCAGAGACAUAAGCAUGAUCUUUGCCUCUUAAAAAAGCUGAGAACGAUUUUGCUUGGUCUUCAAGCUGUGAUAAGUGAUGCACAAUAUAAGCAGGCAUCUAAUCCAUAUGUGAGACAUUGGCUUAAUGAGCUUCAAGAUGCUGUGGAGAGUGCCGAAAACAUAAUGGAAGAUGUCAAUUAUGAAGCUUUGAGACUCAAGGUGGAAGGUCAACAUCAAAAUCUUGCAGAGACUAGCAACCGACAGGUAAGUGACCUUGGCUUGUCCUUGAGUGAUGAUUUUUUUCUUAAUAUAAAGGAGAAGUUGGAAGAAACCAUUGAAACAUUGGAGGUCUUGGAAAAUCAAAUUGGUCGCCUUGGAUUAAAGGAGCAUUUUGAUUCGGAUAAACAAGAAACUAGAAGACCUUCAACUUCUUUGGUUGAUGAAUCUGAUAUCUUUGGUAGGCGGGAUGAAAUAGAGAAAUUGAUUGAACUUUUAUUGUCUGAGGAUGCAAAUGGGAAAAAUAUAACUGUAUUACCUAUUGUUGGAAUGGCUGGGAUUGGUAAAACAACACUUGCUAAAGCUGUUUACAAUGAUGAGAAGGUGAGAGACCAUUUUGGUUUGAAAGCUUGGAUCUGUGUGUCGGAACCAUAUGAUGUUGUCAAAAUAACUAAAGUGCUGCUUCAAGAAAUUAGCUCAUUUGACAGUAUGUUUAAUAACAAUCUUAAUAAGCUUCAAAUCAGAGUGAAGGAAAGCUUAAAGGGAAAAAGGUUUCUUAUUGUUUUAGAUGAUGUCUGGAAUGACAACUAUAGUGAGUGGGAUGAGUUGAGGAGUCUUUUUGUUCAAGGAGAUAUAGGAAGUAAGAUCAUCGUGACGACACGUAAAGAGAGUGUUGCCUUGACGAUGGGUAAUAAGCAAAUUAGCAUGGACAUUUUGUCUAGUGAAGUCUCUUGGUCUUUAUUCGAAAGACAUGCAUUCGAAAACAUGAACCCCAAGAAACAUCUAGAACUUCAAGAGAUCGGAAAACAAAUUGCAGCUAAGUGCAAAGGAUUGCCCUUAGCUCUAAAGACGCUUGCUGGCAUGUUGCGCACCACAUCAGAGGUUGAAGGGUGGAAACGCGUUUUAAGAAGUGAAAUAUGGGAGCUGCCAGACAAUGACAUAGUACCGGCGUUGAUGUUGAGCUACAAUGAUCUUCCCUUACAUUUGAAGCGAUGUUUUUCUUAUUGUGCAAUAUUUCCAAAAGAUUAUCCAUUUUGCAAAGAACAGGUCAUUCAAUUGUGGAUUGCUAAUGGUCUAGUACAAUGGUUGCAAAAAUAUGAAACAAUUGAAGAGUCAGGCAACCAAUACUUUUUCGAGUUGAGAUCAAGAUCAUUAUUUGAAAUGGUUCCAGAGUCUUCUAAAAGGAAUCCGGAAAAAUUCCUUAUGCAUGACCUUGUCAAUGAUUUGGCCCAAAUUGCAUCUUCAAAUCUUUGUAUUGGGUUGGAAGAGAACCAAGAUUCUCAUAUAUUGGAACGAAGUCGACAUAUGUCCUAUUCAAUGGGCUUUGGUGACUUUGAAAAGUUGAAACCUCUCAACAAAUCGGAGCAGCUGAGAACAUUGCUUCCGAUUGAUAGCAAGCUCUAUAGUUCAUUGUUUCUGAGCGAGAGGGUGCUGCAAAACGUUUUGCCAAGACUAGCAUCCUCAAGGGCACUAUCAUUGUCUCAUUAUCAAAUCAAGGAGUUGCCAUAUGUCUUGUUUAUCAAAUUAAAGCUCCUAAGAUAUUUGGACCUCUCUUGGACAAAGAUAAAAGAGUUACCGGAUUCAAUUUGUGUAUUAUAUAACUUAGAGACACUUUUCUUGUCAUAUUGUUGUGAUCUUAAGGAGUUACCGUUGCAGAUGGAAAAUUUGAUCAACUUGCGUUACCUUGACAUUAGCGGCACUUCUCUCUUGAACAUAUCGCUACAUCUAAGCAAACUGAAGAGCCUCCAUGUGUUAUUGGGAGCUAAAUUUCUUCUAAGUAGUAGCAGUGGUUUGAGAAUCAGAGAAUUGGGUGAACUAUAUAACUUGUAUGGAUCUCUAUCUAUUCUAGAGUUGCAAAAUGUGGUUGAUAGAAGGGAAGCUUUGAAGGCAAACAUGAGGGAGAAGAAACACGCUGAAAUGUUAUCAUUGGAAUGGAGUGUAAGUACUGCUGACAACUCACAAAAUGAAAGAGAAAUACUUGUUGAGCUACAACCAAAUAUAAACAUAAAAGAACUCCAAAUAACUGGAUAUAGAGGGACAAGAUUUCCAAAUUGGCUAGCUGAUCAUUCGCUUCUUAUGCUGGUGCAAUUGUCUCUAAGCAACUGCAAGGGCUGUGAUUCCUUGCCAGCAUUAGGACAAUUUCCUUCUUUGAAAUUCCUUAGUAUUAGAGGGAUCGGAAUCAUAGAGGUGACUGAAGAAUUCUAUGGUAAUUCGUUGCACUUUAACUCUCUUGAGAAGCUUGUAUUUUCAGAGAUGCCGGAGUGGAAGCAGUGUCAUGUACUAGGUAAUGGAGAAUUCCCUGCACUUCAUGACCUAUCUAUUGAAGAUUGCCCCAAGUUGGUUGGAAAGUUGCCUGAAAAUCUUUGUCGUCUGACAAGCUUGACAAUUUCAGGAUGCCCUGAACUUAUUUUGGAGACACCUAUCCAACUUUCAAAUUUGAAAAAGUUUGAAGUUGUCGGUUCUCCUAAGCCUGGGGUUCUUUUUUAUCAUGCUGAACUGUUUACAUCCCAACUUCUGGGAAUUAAGCAGAUUGAUGAAUUAUCUAUUACUGAUUGCAGCUCUCUUACCUCCUUACCUUUUAGCGGUCUGCCAAAUACCUUGAAGAAAGUAGAGAUAUCUUGUUGUGGGAAAUUGACAUUGGCGACGUCAAUUAAUGAGAUGAUCUCCAGAGGAAGUGACUUGUUUUUGGAGAGAUUGGUACUAGAUCAAUGUGAUUCUAUAGCACCUGAGUUUGAGUUAGUCCCGAGAGCACGUGAUUUAAGAGUAGAUGAGUGCCAAAGCCUUACUAAGCUUUUUAUUCCCGCUGGUACUGAAAAUAUCAGAAUUUUUGGAUGUGGAAAUCUGGAAAUACUUUCAGUGGCAUGUGUGACUCCGAUGAUGGCGUUGCGUGGUUUGAGUAUUGGCAACUGUGAGAAACUGAAGUCGCUGCCAGAACAGAUGCAGGAACUCCUUCCAUCUCUUAAUGAACUGUACCUGACUUAUUGUCCCGAACUAGAGUCCUUUCCUGAAGGAGGAUUGCCCUUGAAUUUACAAGUCCUUGGGAUCUACUAUUGCAGGAAACUGGUGAAGGGUCGAAAGGAGUGGCAUUUACGGAGACCCCCAUGUCUCAGAGAGCUAAACAUCUUCCAUGAUGGAAGUGACGAAGAGAUUCUUGCUAAUGAGAAUUGGGAACUGCCAUGCUCUAUUCGAAGUCUUCGUAUAUCCAAACUGAAAACGUUAAGCAGUCAAGUUCUCAAAAGCCUCGCCUCUCUUGAGUAUCUACAUGCUAGUAAUUUACCUCAAGUUCGUUCACUGCUGGAAGAAGGACUUCCCUUAUAUCUUUCUGAGCUGUACUUAUCUCGCCACGAUGAGCUCCAUUCACUACCAACUUACGCUCUUAGGAGCCUAACUUCGCUUCAACAUCUAAAGAUCAGUUCCUGCAAUCAACUCCAAUCUCUUCCAGAAUCAGGGCUCCCCUCCUCCCUCUCUGAGCUGAUGAUCGAGGAUUGUCCUAAUCUCCAAUCUCUUCCAGUAAAAUGGAUGCCCGCUUCUCUCUCUAGACUAUCUAUUUCCAGCUGUCCAUUGCUCAAACCACUCCUAGAAUUUGACAAGGGGGAAUACUGGCCAAACAUUGCUCAAAUUCCCACCAUAGAUAGAGUGCAUAGCACCCAUUCCCGCUGUGACGCCAAGGAAGCAUCUUCAGAUCAGGAUGAAAGAUGAAAAAAAAAAAAGGUAACAUGUUACAACUACAGAAAUUUUUAUACAUCGUGAGAAAAAAAGACUCUAUAGGUUAGGAAUUAACAAUUUUAUUUAGAAAGUUCAUCGCAAAAUGUAAAAAGACCUGAUGUGCAUACUGUUUUGAAAUAUGAGCCAAUCUUUUGAAAAAAAUAGGUAAUGAUAAGCUCAAUAAAACUACAGCUGCGAAUACGCCCGUCAAGUUCACUGAUUGCUUGAAGUUAGCAUUCCAUGUAUAGGAUCAGCUAAACUAGAUUACUAGACAAUAAAAUUGGUAUCUUUGAGGUAGAACCGCACUUGUUUGAGUAGAUAUCAAUCUUAAUAAACCUAUUGGCUGCUUGUUUCACCGACUUACCUAAUGCUAUUGUUAGCAACUGCCACUGCAAUUCUCAGCGAUCUUCAAUACCAUGAUUUUUCAUGUUCGAGUUCUGAUCAAGCAGCAUGUAUUGCCGAAUGGCGUCUUAGGAUGAGGCAGAUAAGUUCAUCAGCUCCCAUUUCUACAUUAACGAUGAAACAGUUCGAUUCAGUGAGCAUGUAGUGUACAAUUGCAUAGUGAAGUUAGCAACAUUUGUGGUAGUUUCAAACAUUAAAUAUGUUACAUGAUCUUAAGAUCUAUUGCAGAAUUAAUGGUUUCCUUGCAAGUAUUCAUCUUCACAUGUAUUUAGAGAAAUUCCUCUAAUAUCUUGUUCCAUUGCAACAUCUAUAAAUCAGCUUAUUUAUCGC